AAUGAAUCGCCCCUCGGGUGGGGUGCUAGUGCGCCUGCUCCCCGGGUGAUAACACGUGUUUCCUGACCAUGCGUCUUCCAGAAUACGCAGACGUACGCAGCGCUUCAAUAAUGGCGGCCGAUGGAGGGUUUUCGUCGCAGAUGCUACCCUGCGUUUUCUCCCCAAAAUCACAUCAAUACUUGGCACUGUGUGCACAGGAUGGUCGACUCCGUAUUUGGAACACAGACAGCAAAACCCUUCACCAGGAAUAUGUGCCUUCUGCCCACUUGAGUGCCACUUGUACCUGCAUAGCUUGGGGACCAUGCCGAACGGCUAAGGAGGGACCUCAGAGGAAAAAGAGGAAAUCGGAGGCAGGACCGCCAGCGGAGACAACAGAUCUGCUGGCACUGGGUACGGCAGCAGGCACCAUCCUCAUCUACAGCACAGUCAAAGGGGCCCUGCAGUGCACAUUGGAUGGGGGUCAUAGUGGGGCAGUGAAUAGCGUGCAGUGGCAUCCAGAGGAGAAUGUGCUCUACAGUGGCUCAGAUGAUGCACACAUUGCGGAGUGGGACCUGCAGACAGGCAAAAUGCGCUGUAAAUGGAAGGCAGAUCGGACAGCAGUGACAAGUUUGUGUGUGAGUCCCAAUGGAAAGCUGCUUCUCUCUGCCGGCAUGACGAUCAAAAUGUGGGACUUGGAAACCAAGGAGGUGUACAGGAAAUUCACAGGUCACUCCACCAUGGUUACGACCCUGUGCUUCGCCACCACACGGCCACCCGAUAGCGAUGGCAUGUACUUCCUCUCUGGGGCAGCUCAUGAUCGACUCCUUAGUGUAUGGCAAGUGCGCUCCGAUAGGAAGGACAAGAACGCCGUGGUGUCCUUCACUCUGACAGACGAGCCGCGGCACAUUGACCUCCUCAAAUCCGACAGCAAGGAAGAGGCUGUGCGGUUAGCUGUGGUAUGCAAGGAUGGACAACUACAUCUAUUUGAGCACUUUCUCAAUGGGCCGUGUAAGAAGCCCCUCUCUCCAGGCUGCUCAGUGCAGGUGUCCAGUGCUGGGGGUAAAUCUGGUGAAGAUGACACACCAGUGCCCGUGCCCCUGUUGGCUGCAUCCCUCAACUCCGACAAGCAGAGCCUGCAGCUAGCAUAUGGCAGCUACCUUCAACCAGUCAUUGAGACAACGCCCGUGAACACAGCAGAAAGACACAUAUGUCUGGUCCGGGACAUACAGACAACAUUGUCCCUCUCCAUAGAUACAGCCAUCUCCAUGGUGAAAACUCCAAUAGUCAAUGAGAAAAAAAGUAAAGUCCUAAUUCCUGGCCUGCCAGGACACCAGGCACCACUGAAAUCAGCCAAACAAAGCAGCCAACCAGAGAAGAGGAAGAAGGGCACCCCGACUGAGAUGACCAUCGAAGAGCGGCUGGAGCAGGUGGAGUUGUCCGCCGCAGGAAAGGGAGGCGAGAAAGGGAUCUCCACCCUUCAGACAGACAGCUACGCUGUGCUGCUGGUCCAGGGACUGGAGAGUAAAGACAAAAACAUCCUCAAUAGAAUAUUCCAGAUUCGUAAGGAAAUGUUGAUCAGGAAUACGGUUUCCCGAGUACCCCUUCCUGCUAUCUUGCCGUUAUUGGAGGAGCUUUCGAUUAAGAUACAAGGACAUCCAAACUCAGCUCACGCGGCAGUUGAUUGGCUAAAGGCUGUAUUGACGCUACACACAUCCUAUCUGUCAUCAUUACCAGAUUUGGUGUCUCAACUUGGAAGGCUGUAUCAUUUAAUUGAAAGCAGAGUGAAGGGGUACCAACAGCUACUGAGGCUCCAUGGCAAACUGUACUUGUUAAUGACCCAGGUGGCUACAAGCAGCAGUGGACAUAAUGUAAAUGAGCUGGACCACACAGCCAAGCUUGUGUAUGAGGAAGAGUCCUCUGAUGAAGACGAGGCUUCAGGAGAUGAAGGACUGCCUGAGGAUGAAUCAGAGAACUGGGAGGAGGAUGAAGAUGAUGACGGGGAAGAUAUGGACACAAUGGAGGAGAGACAGAAUCAUGCUGACGAGGAAAUGAGGGAGGAUUCUAAAGCAAAUGGGGACGAGUCGGACUUGGAUGCAGAAAAUGAGAGUGAGGAGGAAUGAGUGUUCAAGUGAGCUGAAGAGAGGAAUUAAAAAAGGACCUGCAAGAUUUAUAUAUGCUUUCGUUUAAUUUCCAUGUUUUGAUUUUAUUUUAACAAAACAACAAAAAAAGAGAGUUUUAUAGAAUUUCAAUGAUGGCAUCAGUGGCUGAAGCACCUCCAUCUCAGACAUGUCUUGUGACCUUCUAAUUAUGAUGGAGAAAACACCACUCUUUGGAACUGAUGCCGCAACCUUGUCCCACAAGACUGUCUUUGACCCUUCUUCCCUCCUCUCCUUACUGCCUGCCCAAACUUUGUCACCUUUUGGGGAUAUGUGGUCAGCUUUCACAUAAACACACAUACAUGGCGUGCUCACACACACACACCUCCCAACAUGUGAAAGGAGUGUGGAUGUGGUUGUCUAUAUGUCCACAUGCAAUCUGUAAAAUUGAUGUGUGCAGCGCAUUUGUAUUGAGUUUCCCUAUGCUUACGACAGUUGAUUUGGGAUUAAAAACAAAUUCUCUGAAACCAUGUUCUGCAACAUCUUUUUCUUUUGUUCUUUUUUCAUGUUUUCCUCCUCGUGGGCUGUUAAUGCUGGACAAGCAAAUGUGUCUCCAUUGAAUGAAAUGUGACGUUCAUUUGGAUGGACUUCUUUGGACAAAUGGAGGGAUUAAUAAUAUUCAAUGAAAAGGUUGAAAAUUCUGUGAAUUAUUGGUUUCUUCAAGUACAUUUGAGGCAAUCCCUGACCAUUGUACAAUUUAAAUAAAAUUCCCUUUGUCCUG